AUGGUCGGCCGUCGUGAUGGCGAGGGGAGCGUCUCCGUGGUCGACGAGGCUGAAGAGGAGGAAAGGAGGAGGCAGCGAGGGGUGGGUUGUCGGUCUCGGUGGAUCGAAGAUGGGGCACCUUUGGUGAUUGGCUGGAUCGAAGAGAAGAAGAAAAGAGAGAAUGGAAGCAGCAGGAUGUGGGGUCUGCCAUUGGUUUCCGGUGACAAAGCCCCGAUAUUGGGUUGUUUAGUGAUUGAGAAGGGCAGCAACGAUUCAAAAAUAGGUAAGGGUUCCUUUUUUUUGUUCUUGUUUGAUUUGGCAGAACUCGAUAGGCUCAAGUGGGUCUUUGAAGGCUCAAGUGGCAGCCCUUACAAUUGA